AUGGUUCUCCUCCGCUUAACUGUCAAGGUCUUCCCUCCAGAGCCUCUUGGGCAACAAUCUACGCCGGAUACUACUGACGUUGACGACGGCCGCAAAUCCAUCAACUUCCUCCUAGUGGUAAGGAACCCGGAGGAAGUGACCCUGCGGAGGUUGGCCUAUAUGAUACAGAACAAGUGGGCGAUUCUUAAACCUGAUGCUGGACCGCUCGAAAUCAAGAAGCUCGUGGAUGACAAGCACGCGGAGGAUGCCCUUGAUAUAGGAUUGACUGUGGCAGACGUGUUUGUGGACAGCGGAAAGGCUCUUACUGACGGCUUGGAUCAGAGAGGGGCUAUACGGGUCAUUCAACAACCUGGGCGUCAGGGACGGUAUGGGUCUGUGGUGCAGGAUUGGGCUGCUGUAGCGAGCAAUUACGCGCGACCUCUUCCACCGCUAUUUUCUGAUUCACCACGUCACGAGCCUCGCUCCACGGCUUUCAGGUUCACGGACGGACCAGUCGCCGGCCCAUCGCGCCAGGCGAAGGUUCCAGAGGCUGACUAUGCUCCUCGACCGAGCGAGACUGGCGAAGAAAUAUCCAGCAGACAAGAUAACCAUUACCACGCCUCACCAAUUUUAAUAGAAGACCCACAGAAAUCUAGAAACUUCAUAUCCUUUGCAGACAAAAUUCGAGAUGGAGAUUUGCUCGAUGAGGAAAGCACUGCGUUAGGGAGAGCUGGUAAAUCGAUUCUGGCUAAUCAGGAGGAGGCAAUAGCCUAUGGUACCACUAUAGACGAUGCAUUGGUAUAUAUGACUGAUGAAGCAAUAGCGCGAGAGUUAGAUCGACAGGCACCGCCGAAAACCAGUUCGCCUGGACCACAGGCUUCAACGCCACAGUCCUCACUGCCCAACCACAAGAACUCGAAAGUUGCAACGCCCAAUAAGAGACAGGUGGAGGAGGUAGGUGAUAUCUAUACCAUUCCACCUACCGACCAAGAGGAGUUUAAGAAUCCGGCGAGACCUCAGCCUGCCAAACGAAAACGACGCAAUAUAAGUCGUGCCGCUGAAUUUACAAUUCAGGAUAAUAAGAAAAUCCUACUUGCGUCUACCGGGGACAGGCCGAACAAUGCAAUCAUAGUUGACAGCGACAUAGGCGACAAUAGACCUACUGGUCAGAUCGAGAAGGAUUACGACGCUGUUAUCUCUAGUCAGUCAAGUGUUCGACGUGGGACUAGGAAAUCAAGUAUUCGUGGCCCAGGAAGGAAAUCGAUGGCACUUAAAUUAGCCAUUACGGCUCCUCGGAGUGACAAAGAUUCCGCUGAGGGUUCAGCUUCUAUCACAAAAAUACCACCAAACAAGAAAUCUACUGUCUUAAUCCCUGACUCCGAUAUUGAAAUUGUCGACCCCCCCAAAACAUCGACCCAGGCUACCGGCGUUUGUCAAGUAGUUAUAACUCCCCCUUCAAAAAAUUUUCUGGUUGGUGGAAGCCACCGAGGAGUAAAUCGCAAUGCAACAAAUGGUUCAAAUGGCAUUAAAUCCACGAAGAAAGAUUCGAGCCCAAUGGUCGACGCCUCCCCUAUAGCGCACGUGAAUGCUAGGGAUAGUAAUCCUAUUUACUCCGAUAUCUCAGACAGUGAUCCCUCAGAUGAUACUGGAUCCCCUACAUCUGGAGUGCGACAAAAUACCAAAGUUGCGACUCCCCAGAAGGCAGCAAAAAUGCCUUCCAGUCCGCGAGUCAAGACACUCCAGACUCCGGGCAGUAGUAAAGACCCAGGUAAACAAUCCGAGGGUCCAUCCCACAGGACACCUAGUCGACCACCUGAUUCACAGGAGAUUGGACUAGGAAUUACCUCAUCACCAGUGAAACGCGCAAGAAGUCGUUCAAUGAGCCAAUUAGUUCCUGUAGCUGUAGCCGAUACAAACAGCAAUUCUAAGAGGGGUGUGUCGACCACUCCAGCGUUUCCUCGACCCCGUCCAGCAAGCCAAGCGCAAACACAAGCCGAGAAAAUCAGCUCAGGCGAUCCGCAUACACCUCGUUUGUCGGUACUCCGUUCAUCCCAGAAGUUUUUACCCGGAAAUUCAUCCGCCCGGCGUUCGGUUUCAUUUGCAGAGGGGCCAAACGUUGACAUACAGUCCACUCCCGCAUCUGCCUCAUCCGUCAAAAUCGGCAAUAUUAACACCGCGGAUCCAGUCAGAGCGACACCAGAGUCUCUUGAAUACAUGCGUACCGAUCGUAAACUUCAAAGGAAAAUCGAGGAGGCUAGGUUCCAGGGAAAGAGUGAAGAUUAUUGUGAACUAUUACGAGAGAUUAAAAAUCUUACGGAGAAGCUUUACUAUGCCAAGCCGAGAGAGCCCGAAUAUAAGAUAGCCAAAUACGAAUACAGGUUGAACAUGGCCAUGAAAAAUCUUCGGAAUCAUCCUGAAGAGGACCACCCUGAUGAGAGCACCUCAGGGGAAGGUCGCCAUGAAAGCCAUCAUCGUGAAGAAGUUGAGGAUCAGACAUCUAGAAAGAACUAUAACGAACGGCCAGGCUCCAUAAACGGGUCGCAAAGCAAAUCACAACACCAAAUUGGGUUUGAUGGUGCCUUUCCGGAAGACCCACCAGACCAGCAGCCCCGCGUCCAAGAGUCCUCAGCUACUUCUACUUCUAGGGAUCCCCUGGUAUACCCUUCAUCUCCUUCCACGGGAGACUCUGUUGAGACAGCUAAUUCAUUAUCACGUAAGGGCGAUGGAGCCUCGGGAAAGGCGGUCGAGGAGGAAGAAACACCUAAAGACGGAAAUGGCCUGAAACGAAAAAUACAAGAGCCGGAAUCUGUCACUUCACCCAAAAACUCUAAGCGCCAUCGGCCAGACCACGACUCCUCUCAUCUAAUAGAACGUGGGCUAGGGACAAAUAAAAUGAAUACCAGCACGUCAGAACAAGAGCACUCGAAUGAACCCGACCAGCGCAACGGACAAUCCCCCUUCAAUGAUCAAAGAGCUGGAAGCAUGACAUCAUCGGACUCAAGUAGUUCUGAUUCCGAUAGCGACGACUCGGAAUCCGACUCCAAUCAGACCCCAGAUAAAAGCAUGCUAAGCAAGCACCCGUCUUUGCCUCCCUCCGGAACUUCAGAAAGGGCGAGGUUGAUUACUCCUUUUCGUAACAUCAAAAAAAACUGGCCAGUCACGGAUGCUCAGUGGCAUUCAGACGAUGGAGCAUCAGCAGGAGAAAAUACUCAUACUGCCGCCAAUGCAACAACCCCUACGGCGGCUGUGGGUGGGUUAGGAGCACCCUCAUUCUCGCAGCCUAAUCCUUCCAUCCUGAGAACAUCCAACGCUAAUGGGAGAUCUCACCAUCACCAAGGUCAACGCAGCACGUUGAAAUCACUUUUACGUCAUCGGAAUGAGGGUGAGGAUGAGAGCAGUGCCAAAAGCGACUCUGAGAAUGACAACGUGCGGGGCGCUAAAGGGUUCACGGCGCUUAACUUCCUUCGCAAAACUGGGUUAAUGUAG